GACAGAUACCCAUCCGAGGCUCAGCAACUCGUUUUGAACCGAGGUGUAAUUGAAAUUCUGAAAAGUACCCUGGAGGUUAUUUUGCAAAGGAAAAUGAGCAAAUAAUAAAGAUGUGGUAAUAUGUACCAGAAAAGACUAUGAUAAUGAGCAAAUAAUGAAGCUGUGAAUUAUUAUAAUGCACAGAAAAGAAAAGCUAUUUAACCAACUCAUUUUAUGGUUAAUUCAAUCUUGGUUUUGUUCCCAUCCAGUAUCAUCAUAUGUUUAUCAUCCACUGUAACAAGUAAAGAUGACGGCUUUCAAAUAUGACGCAAUCGUUAUCGGAGGGAGUGCUUCAGGUUUAUCCGCAACUCUUGCAAUUGCCAGAGCACUUGUUUCAGUUGUGUGCGUUGAUACCGGUAAGCCUUGCAAUAUAUUUUCUAAAGAAUCCCACAAUUUUCUAACACAUGACAACGAAAGCCCGUCAAGUAUCAAAAGAGUUGCAAGAGAACAAGUUGAAAAAUACCCCAACGCAAGUUUUAUCGAUGAUGAAGUAGUAUCGAUAAUUAGGCAGGAUGACAAAGAAACUUUUACAGUUCGAACGAAGGACAACCCUGACGUUUUGAACGCCAGAAAUAUUAUUAUUGCAACAGGUAUGAAUGAUAAUAUUGAAGCUUCAAAUAUCAAGAAUCUAGGUCAAUUUUGGGGUAAUUCCAUCUUCACCUGUGGUUAUUGUCAUGGUUUUGAGUAUGCAGGAAAACAAGCGGGACUAUAUGCCAGCAACGAAAUGUUUUUGAAAAUAAUGGUACCCAUAGUAUACAAUUGGAAUAAAAAUCUCACGGUAUUUGGAAGUCAAACUGCAAUCGAUCAACUUAGUGAGAAUAAGGAACUGAGUAAAAGAGGAAUCAACACAAUUUCACAUUCACCAAUUGCUGAAAUUGUGGGUGAUGGAACCCAGAUUGAAUCUGUUAUUUUGGAGAAUGGUGACAAAAUUGAUUUAGAUGUUUUGUACUACGUACCAAAUUCAGUUAUCAAUAUGAGAGAUUUGAUUACGAGACUUGGGGUUGAACUUGAUGGAAUGGGUUUUAUAAAAGUUGAUAAACAAUCACAAAUGACCAAUAUUCCUGGUAUAUAUGCUGCAGGAGAUUGUACAACUAUGAUGCGUUCGUUGGCUGUUGCUACCCAAACUGGACAGUUGGCCGGGGCAAGUUUAACGCAUAAGCUAUUUGGUCAGCAUUGGACAUCUUUUUAAAGCUAUGCUAAUGGUGGAACCAUAAGAAAAGCUCUUUAUUUUUAUUUUAUAUCAAACUUAAGUUCUCAAAAAUAUCUGAAAUUAUUCCCUUUUGAUAUGGUAUAUUUUCCGCCAGGCUGGCCAGGAAUAUAUACCCCCAAAAAAAAUUGUUAUUCUCGUUUUUUGUUUUCUAACGGUAUGUCGAUCUGUGUUCCUCUAAGACUAGGGUACGACAGGAAGUCGGCCAAUGGGGAUAGCCCCCAGUAAUUAAGCCUGUAUGUUCUGUGAUUAAUACUGUGCCAUCCUGAGGAUCGAGGAAGCGGGACGGCCACGAAUUUUGCAUCGACGGCAGGAGACCGGCCGGACCUUUAGGGUCUUGCAACGCGCAACUGUCAAUCAAGCGCAUGCAAGCGUAUGCAAGCGUAUGCAAGGGAAGCUUGGGGCGUA